AUGAAACAUGGGGAAUAUCUCAUUGGCCUGCCUGCAAAGUGUCAAGCUGUUGUCAAUCCAUCCAACACUGUCUUCACAUUCAAGCAUUUGAUUGGUCACAAAUUCAAGGAAGCAGAGGUCCAGGAGGAUAUGAACCACUGGGCAUUCAAGACAGUCAAGAAGCCAGGUGCUCAUCCACCAGCUGUCAAGAGUGCUGAGGAGCUAUCAUCUAUGAUACUUACCAAGAUGCAUGUGACCAUCAAGCAGUACCUCAACAAGGAAGUCAAGGAAGUUUCAUGUAUAUUAUCUAUGAGUUCUCCAGUGUUGACUGCUAUGAUUAGUGAUGCAGUCAUCACAGUCCCCACAUACUUUAAUGAUGCCCAACAGCAGGCUACCAAGGAUGCUGGUCAAAUUGCUGGCCUCAAACUGUUGGCAUAUGGCCUUGACCAUGCCAAGUUGUUGGUAAUUGCUGUAUAUGAUCUUGGCUGUGGUACCUUUGAUACCUCCAUCUUGGAGAUGCAUAAGGGAGUCUUUGAGGUCAAGUCUACCAACAGAGACACCCACCUUGGUGGUGAGGACUUCAACAUCACUCUUGUCACCCAUAUCCUCAAUGAGUUCAAGAAGGAGUCAAGUAUUGACCUCAGCCAAGACUGCAUGGCCAUUCAGCACAUUUCACAAGGCUGCCAAAAAGGCCAAGAUUGA